GUGGUCAUAGAUAAUAGGUUGUGGUUGUCAUUAACAGAAAUCAAGGGUGAAUUUUUAAGAAAAUAUUGAAUAUUAACUAAACUGAUUCAAAGUGUGUAUACUGUUUGAAUUGUUAGUGUUCCCUACUUCUUAUUUGCUGCUACUAUUUAAAUCUAUGACUUUAGUAUAACUAUUCAUAAUGAGUCGAUUUUUUGCUACUGGUUCGGACUCUGAUUCGGACAGUUCAACAGAAGAGGAGGUCGUACAACGUCCCACAGUUCCUGUCUAUACAUUCAGUGAUGAAGAGGAGGAAGUUAAACGAGUUGUACGUUCAACGAAAGAGAAACGUUAUGAAGAACUUACAAAUUUAAUAAAGCAAAUCAGAAACUAUAAAAAGAUUAAGGAUAUGAGUAGCAUGUUGACAAGUUUUGAAGAAUUACAAAGAGCUUAUGUGAAGGCAUUACCAGUUGUUCAGAAGGAAGAAAAUGGACAGACUCCCAGAUUUUACACUCGUUGUUUAGUGGAACUUGAGGACUUUAUUACUGAGGUAUGGGAGGAUCGUGAAGGAAGGAAAAACAUGAGUAAAAACAAUAGUAAAUCGUUAUCAUCUAUUCGUCAAAAGUUAAGGAAAUAUUUGAAGGAAUUUGACCAAGAUAUUGCCAAAUUCCGUGAAAAUCCCGAUUUGCCUGACGAUGAAGAAGAAGAAGAUAAACGUGAGCCGGAAAUUGAUUCAGACACGGAACAACCUAUUAAGAUAAGCCAGCGUCCCUCCGAACGUUCCAAACCUACAGAUGAAGGAAACUCCUCUUCUGACUCGGAUGAUUGGCCAUCAGACUCAGAUUCAAGUUCUGAUUCAUCUGAAGACGAAGAAAAGUUUACAAGCAUGAGGGAGAGGUUUUUAAAAAAAGCAACAGAUAAAGACGACGAUGAAGAGAAAGAACGCAAAAAGGAGGAACGUAAAAAAGAGAGAAAGGAUCGUGACAAACGUAAAAUAAGAAAAGAAGAUGAAGAAGAUGGCGAAGGAGAAUGGGAGACUGUUAAGGGAGGAAUGGCAAUACCAAGUGAGAAGCCGAAAAUGUUCGCCAAAGAUGCUGAAAUUAAUACUUCUCUUGUAAUUAAGAAAUUAAGCGAAAUUAUUGCCGCCAGAGGCAAGAAGAGAACAGACAGGCGUGAGCAAAUCGAACUUUUACACGAACUCCAAACAGUAGCUGAUCAACACCAACUGGGCCCUGCUGUAGCCAUCAAAAUUAAAUUCGCUAUAAUUUCGGCAAUUUUUGAUUACAAUCCAAAAGUUUCUGAUGCAAUGAAACCAGAAUAUUGGACUAAGUUGUUAGAAAGAAUUGCUGAGAUGCUAGACAUGCUAGAGGCAAAUCCGAACAUAUUUAUUUCCGACAGCGUCACUGAGGACACAGAGAGUCUCGAAGAGCCCCCGUUCAGGAUUAGAGGAUGCGUGUUAACAUCUCUGGAACGUUUGGAUGACGAAUUCAUUAAGUUGCUGAAAGAAUGUGAUCCUCAUAGCAACGAAUAUAUCGAAAGAUUAAAGGACGAGUCAAAGGUAUCUGCAAUAAUAUGCAAAGUGCAGAAUUAUUUAGAAAGAUAUGGGACGCCCACGGAGUUGUGUCGCAUUUAUUUACGUAAAAUAGAACAUCUUUAUUACAAGUUUGAUCCACGAGUUCUUCAAAAAAAAGCUGUAAGUUUUACCAUUAUUUAGUUUUUUAUGGGAGUA